AUGGAAGAGCAGGACCCAGAAGGAGGAGGACCUGGCAAGAGAGAAAGGAAAGACCCCCAGUCUAUCCAAGCUGGGAAUGGUGUUGAAUUCUGGGAGAGAGCUGUGCCAGAGAUCUGGGAUCAGGAGCCCCUGAACUCAGAAGUACAUUGCCGACGCUUCUGGCAGUUCCGCUACUGUGAGGUCGAUGGGCCCCGAGAGGUUUGCAGCCAGCUCCAUGGACUUUGCAACCACUGGCUGAAGCCAGAGAGACACACCAAGAAACAGAUCCUAGACCUGGUGAUCCUGGAGCAGUUCCUGUCCAUCCUGCCCCAGGAAAUGCAGCGCUGGGUCAGAGGAUGUGGACCAGAGACCAAUUGCCAAGCGGUGGCCCUGGCCGAAGGCUUCCUCCUGAGUCAGGCAGAGAAGAAGAGGCAGGCAGAACAGAGGUGGGGUCCGUCCGUGAAGAUAGAAGCUACGUUCUGUGAGACGGAAAGAGCUCCGUUGGAGGAAGGACAGUGGGCACAGGGCCAGGAGCGUGACCAAGAUGCCCUCUUAUGCGGCAGUGAAGAGACAGUGUUGAUCCAUUCUCUUUGUGGAGGUGUGGAAACAGCUGCUGCACCUCCAGUCCAGUCUCCGGUUUCCUUUGAGGAGGUAGCUGUGUAUUUCACUGAGGCAGAGUGGGCCCUGCUAGAUCCGGACCAAAGAGCGCUCCACAGGGAAGUCAUGCUGGAGAACUACGGGAGCGUAAUGGCCUCUCUGGCAGGGAAUGAUCAGUGGAAUGAGGGUGAUGAGGAAGUGCAUCAGCUACUGCCAGAUAAAGUGAAGAGUGAAGAUUUGAAAGGAAACUGCAAGAAUCAAGGCAGACCUAAGAGGCAGAAAGGAAGGCACAUGGUCGAGAAGAAAGGCCAAGGGCUGGAUUACCGUGGACUAAGCCACAUGGUGGAGGAAGGAUAUAAGUACUUGGAGUGUGGAAUGAACAUCUCAGAUCAGGCCCAAUAUGGUAUCCAUUUUCAAAUACAGAGAGGAAAGAAGACCUGCCAGUGCUUGGAGUGUGGCAAGAGCUUCCUUUGUAGAACAGAGCUCCUUAGGUGUCAAAUAACACAUAAACGAGAGAAACCGUAUAAUUGCUCAGACUAUGGCAAGAGUUUCUCACAGAAUUCAGACCGCUUUCAAGACCAAAGAAUUAAUUCAGGAGAGAAAUCAUUUAUCUGCACAGAAAGUGGAAAGAUGUUCCCUUGCAGAAGGAAAGGUAAUGCACUUUUCCCAAAGUGUAGUAUAAUGAGGGCACAUAAAUGUUUUCACUGUAGUAAGUACUUCAGAUACAGAUCACUGCUCCUUCAUCAAAGAAUCCACACAGGUGAGAAACCUUUUGAAUGCUCGGAGUGUGGAAAGAGAUUCAGUCAGAAUGGCACUCUUCAAGACCAUCAAAGAACCCACACAGGGGAGAGACCUUUUAAAUGCUCAGAGUGUGGAAAGAGAUUCAAUCACCGUGGCACUCUUCAAAAGCAUCAAAGAACCCACACAGGG